AUGAAAGUAACACUUCCAAUUUUAUCGGUUUUUGUAGCCAUUUCGACAUUAUUUGGAGACGAUGUCGAAGCAUCACCACUUCUUGAAAAACGCGCAGUUAAAGCUAAAUUAAAUGUCGAUCCCGGAACUUAUGAAGGGGCCGGAACUUCCGGUGUAGCAGUUAUGCAUAUGGUUUUGACCGCACCGAAUAGACUUGUUUUUAUAGAUAAAGUUAACAAGAACCCACUUAAACAAAAAAAUGGAGAUCCAGCAAUUUCAACAGAGUUUGACAUUGGCAAAAAAACACAAAGAGUUCUCGAUCUUAAAACAAAUACUUUUUGCUCCGCCGGUGCUUUUACUAGUGAUGGGACUUUAGUGCAUACUGGUGGAACUGGUGCAGAACAAAACACACAACAUAAAGAUGGAUUUCAAAGUAUAAGAUUGUUCAAGCCAUGUCAAAAUAAAAAGUGUCAAUGGACUGAAAAUGUUAAUGGAUUAUCUACAAAACGGUGGUAUCCAUCAAUGGUUUCACUUUCGGAUGGAAGAGUGCUUAUUCUUGGAGGUUCAACUAAAGCUACUGGUAUUAAUAACGCAGAUAUUAAUAAUCCUACUUUUGAAUUCUUUCCAUCCAAAAAGAGUACCCCUAAACCAUUCCCUUUCCUUCAAGAAACGUUGCCAAGAAAUUUAUAUCCAGUUGUCCAUUUAUUAUCUGGACCAGCUAAUCAAAAAAGAUUAUUUGUAUUUGCGGAUGUUAAAUCCAUAGUUUGGGAUUGGGAAGCCAAUAAAAUUGUAAAGAGAUUACCAAAUCUUCCUGGACCAUCAAGAUCUUAUCCAUUUACUGGUACAUCGGUCAUUUUGCCAUUACGUCCUGAGAAGAAUUAUGCAUCAAGAGUAAUGGUUUGUGGUGGUGGAAAGGGUACGAACUUUAACACUGUCGCUGACAAUACUUGUGGUACUAUUGAUCUUUCAGAUCUUAAUAAAGCUGAUUGGAAGAUGGAAGAUUUUGGCGGGUUUCCUCGUAUUAUGCCUGAUGGUGUUAUUUUAGCUGAUGGUAAAGUCAUGUACUUGAACGGUGCCGGUAAAGGUAUUGCUGGUUACAAUAAGUUCAAUAAAAAUAAUACGGUUACAAUAGUAGCCGAUAACCCAUCCACCACACCAGUCCUUUAUGAUCCUGAAGCAAAAGCCGGCCAAAGAUUUACUAGUCUUAAAAAUGCUGGUAUUGCUAGAAUGUAUCACUCUGUUGCGACAUUACUUCCUAAUGAUGUUCCAGGCCACAAAAUUACAUCAGUAGCAGGCAAAACCUUACUUAACAAAGAUACAGCAAUCCUUGUUAAAUUUAAUCAAGUCGUCAAGGUUCUAGUAGAAACCACCACCACCGAUGUGAACUUUACUGGAGCAUUAGUACAUUUUGGAUUUGUGACUCAUUCAACACACAUGUCACAACGAUAUGUUGCUACAAAAAUCAAAAAAACCUCAUUAAUAUCUAAUGCUGCUAAAAAAGUUUUUGCAUUAGAUGUUGAAAUGCCACCAAAUGGUAAUAUGAUGCCACCAGGUAGACAUCAUUAUCUUUACAUCAAUAAUAAAGGUGUACCAGCUGCCACUGCUAUUGAAAUUAAUCUCCAGAAAUAA